AUGCCCCUCCGCCUCCUCCCUGCCAACACCGUUGCGUCCUACGAUGCGCUAUCGCCCCCUACCACUCGCGGAGAUGCCCCAAUUCGCCCCGUGCCCCGUCACUUGGAGACUGUUGGUUGCACCGAUCAGGAGGGUCCCCAGUACGACGACCAAUUAGUUGCGCGUACGCUUGCAUCGGAGGCCACACUUACCGCGCCGUCGCAGACCCAUGCACAAAAUCUCGCCUUGCCGCGCACGAUCUACAUUGACCGCGACGACUUUGGCUUGUCGAUUCGAAAGAUUACUUCCGCCUUGCACCAGACAAGACUGUUGGCCUCAGGCGACGGGCCAGGCCACCGAGAUCGUGCACGGAGAUUGAAAGCGAGCUCGCAACGAAGAAUUCAAGGCACUUAUCCAGUGUAUCCAGAGCAAGUGCCAUCGGGAGUCCGUCACCAUCGACGACCCGCGGCCGCGCAGCCCUACUUCAAGGCGGACAUCAACGCGCACAGCCUCAACAUCGUCAGGGGCGUGAUGGUCGAGGUCGGCUUCUGGCCGCUCGCCGCGGCGAGCGAGCAGCUUAUCGGCAAGGAAGUCAUCCGCUUCCAGGGCAUCCGCGUCGCGUACUUCGCGCUUGACAAGGACGCCUGA